AGAAUACAUUUUAAAAUUUCUUGAAGCAUCCUAAUAUAGCAGUCAUCCUUGUGACAUAAUUUGUUGCUGAAAACUAUCUAAGACAUAUAAUCAAUUAAUAUGAUGCCAUUUUGCCUACAAUUCUUGAAAUCCCCAGCAAAGAGUAUCCAUAUGAAGCAAAGAAAGUAUUAAAUCAUAUUAAACUAUCAGGAUACAAUUAUUCAAAGAGCUCAUAGAUUAUUGUAUGGUACAGAUAUCUAGUGAAAUAUAUUAAGUAAUAUAGAAAGCAUAAUCAAUUUAUUUUUUCCAUUAUAAUUUAUAUUAAAUAAUAUUUUUUUACUUCUAUUCAACUCUCUCCUAUUUGAAAUUAUUAUUUUGGUUAAUAAUCCAUACUGGGAAGACGAAUUCCAAGUUAUUAAAUUUAUAUUCUUUAAAUAAUUAAAUAUUGUUCUUCUUUGUCAAAUUUACUAUGAACUCUUUUAGGAGUUAUUAUAAGAUCAACGAGAAGAAGAGCUAUAAUUUGACUCGAAUUAUAUUAAAGUCAAUUAUUAAUUUUUACUUAGAACUCAUUUUGAUAUUAUUAAUAUAAAUGUGUACUCCUUAAUUUUGUCUGAAAUUUCUAUUCUUCUAUUCUUAAAUUUAAUUGUGUGCAUUAUUUUAAGUUUAAAUGAAAAUCCAAUUUUUCUUGUUUUUAAAAUAAUUUUUUAAGAAAUUCUUAUUUUUGAUGAAUAAUAUAUGUAUUACUUAAGUUAAAACCAGUCAAGGGGAUAUAGCUAUUGUUAAUUCAACUGAUAGGAAUGAGAAACAUAGAUAAGCUUAUACCAAAGUUCUAUAGCUAAAGAGCUUUAAUUUGAUUUAAUCGGAGACAAGAGUGGAAACCCCAGCAAAAGAAAUAGAUGAGGCAGAACUUCCAUUAAGAGAACAUGUUUAUAGGGAUGCUGUAAAGCGUUCAGCAACAUUCCUUAAAGUGGCCUCUGAGGAAAUGGGUAGAUACUAAACAGAAUGGCACUGGAAGUUUUUUUUCGAGUUCCUAUUUUAUCAUAUUGUAAUAACUUAUAUUUAUUGUCUAGAUGUUUUAUAAUCUAUUUGGACCUUUUAUGGUCAUAUUUUUUUGGAAAUGGCCAGGUAUGCCUCUGAUGAUAAACAUGAGAUUUUUAAAGCAUCAUGCUCAAUUUUAUUUUUAAUUGUUAUUAUGGUUAGGUUCAUUGACAGGAGGUUAUUGGUAUCUAUUCGAUGAUAAAAAUAUUAUAACUUUAACUGAAGUUGUAUUCACUUAAUUUGCCCUUUUAAUUAGGGCAGUUGUAAUUGCUGCAAAAUAUGCAACUCUAAGUGAAGAAAGAAUCAAAUUAUAUAAACAAGAAGUUUUAAGUGAAGAAAUGUUUACCUUUGAUCUAAUGAUGUGGGAUUGGAGACUUUAAACUCCUAAAGUUUUGUUUCUAGAACAAUUGAGAUUUUUAAAAAGGAGAGAGUUGGAUCCUGAUUUUUAUAAGAUAGAUUUCUUAUGUUAACCUCAUAUAAAGACAGUCAAAUAAUUGGUCUAAGUCGAUGUUGGAUUUUAUAGGGAAUGGUUAGAAUAAUAAGAAGAAUCUUUAAUUGCACCUGCCAUAGACAACACAUAUAAUUGUUUUUUUGUCUUUGGGUAUUUGGUCAAUUCGUUUUAAAAAAAGCACACUCCUGGGGGUUUUUCUAAAUAUGUGGUAGUUUAAUCUUUAAUAUUAUCAUUGACUCCAUGUUUAUUAAGAGUAUAAUACUUUUAUGAGAUUGAUGUCGGAGUUAUUGAUAUAUUGAGAAUAAUAAUUAAUGUUUUGACAACCUUCUAAGGAUUCUUUGGAUCUUUUGUAUUCUUGUAGAUUGGACUAUAUGAUUUAUAAAGAAAGUUUUAUCUUUUGGAUCAAUGUUGCUAUAUGUUAAAUAUAAAGGAAUAAAAGUAUUCUACAGGUAAGAAGCUAUUACCUUCAAUCAACUUUAACAAUCCUAUCACCCUAUAGGCCUGGUCAAUGUUAAGAGGGAUGGCUUUCGAUUAUGGGAGGACUUAUGAUUUCAGAAUUCAAGGGUUUUAUUCAUUGAUUUUUAUUGGAUGGAUAUUUUUAUUUUUGUUUGGAGUAGGAGUAUUAUUGGAUUUCAUUCAUAUAGAUUUCUUCUAAACUACUUUAUUGUCAGAGAUGCUGAUAAUUCUAACUGGAUUUAUUGGAUAUUAUUUGUGGCAUGGAGCUAAAUUAAAUGAAUACUAUGAGACAUUUGAGAUUUUACUUGAAGACGUUAGAAAUAUGUAUGUGGAUAUGCUAAGGAAAAAGGAACAAUAUUUUAUUUUAAAUUUGGAGGUAACAAAUGCAAUCCAUAAAAAAUUUGUAUUUUUGUUAAAGAGUCAGACCAACUCAAUUGAAACUAUUACAUAAUAUAUCAACCUUAUAAUAGAUGAGAUAGAUGAUACAAUUAGGCAAUUGAAUUAUGAUGAAAAGCAUAACCCUUUUAAAAUCUAUGGCAUUCGAAUAACCUUAAACUUUUUACAGAGCUUGGUGGUUGCUGUGUUUACUUUGGUAGGAUUUGCUGUAUAAUAAAGAAUGUAAAAUAUUGAAAUUGAAUGUCUUUCAAAGUGA